GUCUCACCGUCGUCCUCCGCACUGCUUCUCGUUGUCUCCUCGAGCAUUUUCUGGUGUUUGCCGACGAGCCAAAACACUCUCAACGUAGCAGCCAUGUCUGCGAAUAUCAUGGACGAGGAGGAGUCUCAGGCACUGCUCCCAUCGACCUCGGAGAACCUUGCCUCCAUCAAGGUGUUCCCUUUGAUUCCGAGCUUGAAGCGGGACGUAGUCAAGAACAUUGAUACCGCCUUGACCUGGGACCAACUGACAGCGUCCGACAUAAACUUCGCCAUCAUUCGACCUCUGGUCUUCAAGUAUGCACAUCUUGACAACCUGGCGGUCGUCUAUGCUUGCUUCGUCGUUCGCUCUCACUUCGUGUCUGAGGCUGAAGAAAACAUGGCUUAUUCUGGGGUCCUCCUUUCUCGUGCUAGUGUCUGCGAGAUCCUUGCAAUGAAGCUCCUGGGUACCUUUGCGUCCAGCCAACUUCAGGUCGCGACCGUCUUGACGGCCAGCUGGAACCCCCUCGCCGGAGCUCCUGCAGAAAUAGUGUCUGACGUCAAGAACAUGAUCGGCGACGAUGGGAUGUAUGACCCCCAGUGCGCGCUCGAAAUGGCCAUUGCUACAGAAUCAAAGGCGUUUCUCGCAUCUCCGCUUGUGCAGACCGUGGUGAACGACAUCUAUGCUGGGCGCAUGGUCUUCUCCAUGAUGUCAAAUCGCUCUGUUCUGGCGGACAACUAUAAGCCGAAGAGCAUUGAGAUAUACGACGUUCGAAAGGCGCCCUUCCUGGACCACUACAGGUUACGUGUGCCCAAGUAUGGGGCCAUCUUGGAGUUCCUAAACUUCGCCCUGUUGUUAACAACAUUCCUGCUCUGUCUAUCAAAUAAGGACAUGAACGCCAUGAACGUUUUCGAGGUCGUCUUCAUCGUGAUUGCGUCGGCGUUCGCUCUUGAAGAGUACACGGCUUCGAAGGAGCACGGCUGGACGAUCUAUAUAGCGAAUCUCUGGAAUGUAUUUGACUCCUCAUUCAUCGUCAUCUUCUUGGUCUACCUAGGGUACAGGAUCAGGGGUCUGACCCAUAACGAUCCGGCCGCAUCUGACUUCGCCUUUGACGUUCUGGCUUGUGGGGCGUGUAUACUGUUCCCUCGGCUCGCUUUCUUCGCAGUCUCGAAUAACGUCAUCGUCUUGGCUUUGCGCGCCAUGAUGGCCGACUUCCUUUUCUUCAUCACCAUAGCGGCGAUCUGCUUCUCCGGCCUUCUGUUCACGCUGCAUAACCUCGCCGAAGACACCGGCAGGUGGUCUGUCAAGAGCAUCGCAUGGCUCAUGGUGCAGAUAUGGUUCGGAAACACGUACCUCAGCUUUGCGCAAGCCGAGAGUUUCCACCCUCUCUUCGGGCCCGUGCUGAUGACGAUGUUCGCUGCGUUGUCGAACACGUUGCUGCUUACUAUCCUGAUCUCGAUCCUGUCGAACACUUUUGCAAGAAUCGAUGCGAAUGCUAAGCAAGAGUAUUUGUUCCAAUAUGCGAUCACCACGAUCGAAGGUGUAAAGGAUAGCUUGUUCAGCUACCAACCUCCUUUCAACCUGUUCGCUUUCAUGGUGCUAUGGCCCCUCAGCUAUAUCGUAUCUCCUCGGACUCUACAUUCAGCGAACGUCUUCCUCAUCAAGCUGACAUCAUUCCCACAACUGAUUGUAAUCGCCAUCUACGAACGCUACCUCGCCCAAGGACAGAAAUGGCGCGAAGAGGGUGCCGAGCGGGCACAUACCCUCUACGCGAGCCUCUCGCGUAGCGUAAAGCACAUGCCAAUCCUCGACUUCCUCGGGUCAAGCUCCAUGGACGUACACGAGGCAAUCUUCGACGUCAACCUACACGACGAAGGCGCCCUCUUCGAAGACUCCGACCUCGAGGACCUCCCCGCCCCGCUGGAGCCCUCAUCCGCGCCCCCCGUCAUCCGCACAUCUCAGUCGCACGAACACCGAGCCGAGCCGAGCACAAGCUCCAGUACAGGCCUCCAGCCGCCCUUCCGCCUCUCAGGCUCGCGCACGCCCACGGCGGACUCGCAGAUCCGGCGCACGACGAGCCUCUCGCUCUCUCCCCGCAAGAGCACGAGCCUCAGCCGCACCCGCACCCGCAGCGCGGUCUCGCCCAUCUCCCCGACGUCCUCGCCGCGCCUUUCGCCGCGUCCGCGCAACGCGCCGCUGCCGACGAUCAUCCCGUCGACGUCGAGCGAGAUCCCGACGCUCGGGCCGCGGAGCCCGCUUGGGAAGCUGUUUGGGCCGAGGCGCGAUGGCGCGUUCGCGACGGCGUCGAUGGAGGCGGGCAUGAAGCGUGUGGAGACGUUGGUGGAGGAGGUGAAGAUGCUGCCCGUGAAUAAGCUGAAGGACGAGAUGAAGGAGUUGCAGGACCGUCAAGCGCGGAUCGAGAAUCUGCUGUUGAUGCUGACGCGCGGGAUGAGGAACGAUACUGGUCCCCAUUCGACGAUACGUCAUGACUCCUUGUAAUGGCUAUGAGGCUGGCGUAUUCCGCUUUGACGCAGUGCUCCGUUAUUGAACAGCACUCCCG